ACUUGCUCUGUGAUCUUGGUCUCUCUAAUCUGUGUUUUAAUCUGUGACGUGUAUUCGAAUAACUUUAAAUACCUUAUCUUACAAUUAAAAAUAGGUUAUAAUUAUAAUUAAGGCAAGUUCAUGUCUUUUUAACAUUUCAUUACUUAAUUUCUAAUCACAGUUAUAUUUCCUUUAAUAGUUGAAUACUACUGUAUAUAAGUAAAUUGUUUGAGAAUACAGGAAAAUGCGAGAAUAUCAACAGGACACGCCACCGUCAUCCGUAAGUGGCGACGAGAUUUCAGCAAUGGAUGCUGAUGGUGUUAUUUAUUUGGAUGAAGUGGACGAAAUCCAACUAGACGAAGAAAUGGAGGAUGAUGAAGAGGAUACUGAAAUGAAAUCACCUGAAGAUCAUGCCAUUCUGGUAUUCGAUAAACAUGUGGGAUCUGUAUUUUGUUGUGAUUUGCAUCCUGAUGGUAAUUUAGCAGUGAGUGGUGGUGAAGAUGACAAGGCCUAUGUAUGGUCUGUGGCUUCAGGACAAAUUGUAAUGGAUUGCACCGGCCACAAGGAUUCUGUUGUUUUUGUGGGAUUUAGCUUUGAUGGUGUUUACUUAGCUACAAUAGAUAUGAGUGGCUUAAUUAAAGUUUGGAAAUGCAAUCUAGAAAACAAUCAACAAGAACCCUGGAAAGCUGUCUUUGAAUAUGAAUCUGGUGAUUUUACUUGGGGUUUUUGGCAUUUUGGUGCACAUGUACUAAUAUGUGGAAUAAUCUCUGGUGAUAUAUAUGUAUUCAAAAUACCUUCAGGUGAAACAAAAGUUUUGCAAGGCCCCAAUGAGAAAGUUGAAUGUGGCAAGCUCUUCAAUGAUGGUGUACGUUUAGCAGCUGGAUAUGAAGAUGGUUCAGUCAAAAUAUGGGACUUAAAAACAAGAAGGGUACUUCAACAAAUUCCUAGCAAUGUUCAUAAAAUGAGAGUGAAUGAAAUAGACACACAUCAUGAGAAUAAUCUGGUAGCAUCAGUGUCUGGUGAUGGUAAAUUAGUUUUGUUUGCAUCAAAUAAUGGCAAAAUUGUGGGACAAUUGGAGUCUGAUAUUGAUUUAGAAAUUGUAGCAUUCUCAAAGAAUCCACAGUUAGAUUACUUUGCAACAGGUACAUUAACUGGCUCUAUCAGUAUAUGGGAUACAUCAAGACAAAUGGUCCGACAUGAGUGUACUAGAUCAGAUGAAACCACAAUCAUAGGGGUGACCAAAAUGAUUUGGAUACAAAACCAUCUUGUUGUUGGAUGCUUGGAUGGAUCUGUGAGAGUCUAUGAGGGCAGAUCUGGAGAGCAAUGCUUACUACUCACUGGACACAAAUCAGAAGUUUUAGAAUUUUCUUAUAAUGUGAAACAAAAUAUUAUAUUGACUGCGUCAGAUGAUGGAACAGCUAGAAUAUUUAAAUAUGACGUAAACAAAGACAAUGACUAAUAUAUACUUCUUUUUAAA